AUGAAGGGCAAUGGCCUCAAAAAGACUGCCUCUCGCUCUGAAGUUGGGAAUGGAUCAAUUCGGCAGAAUCUCUCGGAUGAAGAACGUCUAGGCCAACUUGGACAUCAACAGGAGCUUCGCCGAACAUUCUCUCUCCCAGCUCUCGGUGCACUAUGUCUCUGCUUAAUGGCGACAUGGGAGGCGCUCUCUACAGUAAUCGCUCCCGCUUUGAUCAGUGGUGGUCCUCCGUGUUUAUUUUACAAUUAUGUUCUGUCGUUUGUCUGCACUAUAUGUAUCGCCGUUUCCCUUGCAGAGAUUGCCUCAAUCUAUCCUACGGCUGGGGGUCAAUAUCAUUGGGUAGCGGCACUUUGCCCGGCCCCGAGAAAAGCUGCAGCGGCUUGGGCCACUGGCUGGAUCUCAGUUGGCGGGCAAAUUCUGCUCACAGCCUCCUCUGCCUUUGCCGCUGGGCUCCAAACCCAAGCGUUAAUCACAUUGAACGAUGAAACCUACGUUCCCUCUCGAUGGCAAGGGAUGCUCUUCUACUGGGCGAUACUACUAUAUGCUGGGCUCUUAAAUGUAUGGGGUAGCAAAUUGAUGCCUCAUUUCAAUUUGGUUUCAGGGAUAAUUCAUAUUGGUGCCUUCGUUGGUAUUAUCAUAACACUUGGAGUCAUGGCAUCGAAGAACACCUUCAGUUUUGUGUUUAUCGAAUUCGAGAACAAUAGCGGCUGGGGCAGUGAUGGGGUUUCAUGGCUUGUCGGGAUGCAAAGCACCGUUUAUCCAUUCCUUGGUUACGACGCAGCGUGCCAUCUUUCAGAAGAGCUGCCGCACGCGAGUCGUAACGUCCCGCUGGCUCUCGUUGGCGGCGUCGUUGUCAAUGGCAUAAUAGGCCUUGUCUAUUGCAUCGUUCUCCUCUACUCCACCAGGUCACUCGAAUCACUAUUGCAGACUCCAACGGGGUAUCCCUUCAUGCAAAUAUAUCUUAAUGCCACUCAAUCGAGGGCCGGUGCGACAGUCAUGUCCCUCACCCUGAUUAUUGUUGCUACGGCCGCCACGGUUGCUGGGGUAGCAUCGACUUCUCGUACGCUAUGGGCUUUUUCUCGAGAUAAAGCCACUCCGUUUGACGCGUACUUAAGCGUUGUCAACAGAAGACUCCAGGUGCCCCUAAGAUCUGUGAUCCUCGUCAUCUUGCUGCAAGUUCUUCUUGGCCUCAUCUAUCUGGGGAAUGCGACGGCGUUCAACGCGGUUCUGUCCAUGGCUAUUAUCGCUCUAUACCUUUCAUAUCUCUCGCCAAUCUUUUUCAUGGUUGUCUUCGGCCGCUCCCAGCUACGUCUUGAAGACUUCGGUCCAUUUAAAUUGCCAAGAGCUUUGGGCAUCGCUGCAAACAUAAUCAGCUUAGUAUGGAUGAUCGUCGUCAUGAUCUUCAGCACGUUUCCGCUUACUCUGCCCGUGACGGCGCAAAACAUGAACUACUCCAUUGUCGUUGUAGCUGGGUGGUCCAUGUUUGGACUUGUCUAUUAUCUCUGGGCCGGAAGACAUAAGUUUCAAGUCCCGUUGACAAACUUGUCUAUCACUCUGGACACUAUCCAAGUCAAUGAACAGAGGGAAGAGAGAGAAUAG